AUGGACCCAUCCAGUUGCGGUCGCACACCUGCGACCGUGUCUGACAGCAAGUCAUCAAGAGACGACAGAACAUUCCGCGUCCGUGGUGUACCCAUCACCUGGGACACCGAUCGAUUGAAGUCAUUCCUAACUGAACAUGACAAUGCCGCCUGUCCAGUCAUCAAAUCCCUUGCCCACGAGAUUGGCGAUCGUUCCAGCACCGCCACGGUUACCUUCCAGACUGUCCCCCUCGCCCUUCAGAAAAAGACGUGGUACAUUCUGUUACCUAAAGCAGAGGAGAAUGGACCUGACCGAUAUCUUGCACUCAGCGACGACUUCCUCGGUAUCACGACACUCUACGCCCCGAGCCCGGACGAUCAUAAAGUCGAUGUCAUUGCAUUACCCGGCCUUGGCGGACAUGCAUUCAGCUCGUUUAAAGAAAGAGGCAGUGACUCCAUGUGGUUGCGAGACGCCCUUCCGUACGACAUCACUCACAAUAACGAUGACACCCCGAUAGCGCGAGUAAUGACCUACGGCUAUGAGUCAAGAGUUUCGCAGAGUAAGAGCAUACAGAAUUUGGAGGAUCUCGCAACAUCAUUCCACACGGCCUUGAUUGCGCUAGCUAGAGCCCCAACGAUCAAACCGAUCAUCUUGAUCGCCCACAGCUUGGGGGGGUUAAUUGUCAAACAAGCUCUAAUAUCGCUAUCGAAAUCGACUGCCGAGGACGAUACGAAGCUUGUCAAAGUAGUAUAUGGCAUUGUGUUCUUUGGAGUUCCACACGAAGGCAUGGAUACCAGCUCGCUUAUCCCACUGGUUGGUGAUGGGCCGAACCGGUUCCUCAUCGAGUCAAUUAGCCGUAUCAAUUCGCAGUUACUUAGCAUCCAGCAACGAGAAUUCCACACAGCAUUGGGUAGUAACGGUGACUCGGAGGUUUUUUGCUUUUACGAAACGCUUGAGUCGCCAACCGCUCAUCAGGAUGCGCAUGGCGAGUGGACGAUAACUGGACCAACCUCAGUUUUGGUCACCAAGUCGUCUGCCACACAUUGCCGUCCGUGGGAAAGCGGCCCAGAACAUAUAUGUGCUAUUGCCCGCACGCACUUUGACAUGGUCAGGUUCAAGCCUCAGGACCACGAGUACGACAAUGCUCGCGAGAGGCUUGAUAGUCUCGCGCAACGGGCCAUCUCGAAACGGCGGCCGGCUCGAGCCUCGAUGCAGUGUAUGUAA